UAAUUCUAUUGGAGCAUACGGAGGCUCAUACUGUGUCUAUCGUGCUUUAACUAUCGCUAUGGGUGCACUUGAUCCUAACCAUCGUCCAAACUUUCAAAAUACUGAACCUACGGUAACCAUAGGACCUUAUCAACAAUGGGGAAUCCCUGAAAAGAUCGUCUCGUUAGAUCCAUUCGGCCAUCUUACCACUUCAAUGUUUUCUGAACUAAUAAAUCAAGGUCUUGACAUUCGUCCCACAAUUGCAAUAACUAAAGCACAUAUGAAGUUGGCUGAAAUUGAAAACGCCGUAAAAUCCGAAACAGGUGGAAUGUAUCCAGAAUUAAUUACCAGACCAGAUCUUAAGGUCUUUUUGCCUCCAAUUGGUGGCUUAACUGUUUAUAUUUUUGGAAAUCCGAAUAAUGUCCAUGAUGUAACAAAAAGAUUAACUGUUCGUGUUCAUGAUGAAUGUAAUGGAUCUGAUGUAUUUGGGUCAGACAUUUGUACUUGUAGACCUUACUUGAUUUAUGGUAUGGAGGAAUGUGUUAAAGAAGCUCAAAAUGGAGGCUCUGGUGUUAUAGUCUAUUUCCGUACAGAGGGAAGAGCUUUAGGCGAAGUUACUAAAUACCUUGUUUAUAAUGCUCGUAAACACAUUUGUACUUGUAGACCUUACUUGAUUUAUGGUAUGGAGGAAUGUGUUAAAGAAGCUCAAAAUGGAGGCUCUGGUGUUAUAGUCUAUUUCCGUAAAGAGGGAAGAGCUUUAGGCGAAGUUACUAAAUACCUUGUUUAUAAUGCUCGUAAACGUGCUACUGGUGGUGACACGGCAGACAAUUAUUUUUUACGAACAGAAAACAUCGCCGGUGUUAAAGAUAUGCGAUUUCAGGCAUUGAUGCCUGAUGUUUUACAUUGGCUUGGUAUUAAAAAAAUCGAUAGGAUGAUGUCAAUUGUUGAAAUUGAUGCUAAAAUUGCUGAUGGAUAUUUUAGUGCUGGAAAAGUUAUCACCAAAGAGGCGUUGACACAAGUUAAAGGAAGAGGAUGGGACGAUAUUCAACAUUAA